UCGAGAUUUAUUGAGCACUUCAGUUGGGUGCAAGUCUAUGUACGAAAAGCGUCGUAGAUAUAACUUUACUUUCCAAAAUUUUUUAAGUAAAUUUAUUGUUGCAUAAUUUAGUGUAAAAUAAACUUUGUCUUUUAUGAACAAAAUUAAAAGGAAGAUAUUUUUAACAUAUAUUUGACACAGCAUGACACCAAACUUAGAUGAAAUUUCUUCAGUAAAAAUUGAAAAGUCUAUAAAUAAUGAAGUAUCGACGAAAGAAUUCGAUAAAACCGUUUAUGAAUGGAAAAUUGUUUGGAGAAAUGUCAUUGUUUUUAUCUAUAUUCAUCUUGCUGGUCUUUAUGGAUUAUACACGAUAUUUGUCUAUGCUAAAUUUAUAACUUUUAUUUGGUUUACUAUUGUUGGUAUUGCCGGAGGCUUAGGCAUCACUGUUGGUGCUCAUAGAUUAUGGAGCCAUCGAUCUUACAAGGCAAAGUGGCCCAUGAGACUUGUCCUAAUGAUCUUUCAGACCAUUGCUUUUCAAGAUGACAUUUAUCAGUGGGUCAGGGACCACCGGGUACAUCACAAAUUCACCGACACUGACGCAGAUCCAUAUAACGUGCGCAGGGGAUUCUUUUUCUCGCAUAUGGGUUGGCUUUUAGUUCGUAAGCAUCCCGAUGUCAUAAUCAAAGGAGCCACGGUCGAUUGUAGAGAUGUUGCGCAAGAUCCAAUAGUGAUAUUUCAAAAGAAGUACGAUAAGCACUGCUUAUUUCCGCGAGAACAAAAGUCGACAUGGUAUUUGUAUUUGAUGGCGCUCUUUGGUUUUAUCAUACCCACAUUAGUACCUUGGUUGGGAUGGAAUGAAAAUUUAUGGUACUCGUGGCACGUGGCAGUAACCAGAUAUUUUCUAAAUCUGCAUUUUACUUGGACGGUGAAUUCUGUGGCUCACAUAUGGGGUAUGAAACCAUACGACAAAUCACUCAGCUCUACCAAUAAUAUUGGAGUUAGUAUGGUGGCGUUUGGCGAAGGAUGGCAUAAUUAUCAUCACGUUUUUCCUUGGGAUUAUAAAGCAAACGAAUUUGGAAAUUAUACAUUCAAUCUUAGCACAGCUUUUAUUGAUUUUUGUGCUUAUUUAGAUUUGGCUUAUGAUUUAAAAACGGCACCUGCUGAUAUAAUAAAGAAACGUAUUCUUCGAAGUGGCGAGACAUAUUCAAAAUAAAUCUGACAAUUUUAUAAAAUAAAACGUAUCAAUCUUUCAUUCAAAA